GGUUCUUUUUACUUGCCACGCUAACUUUGGGCUUAACGUUCAGGCCCUUAUGGGCCGAUAUGUUAGCAUGUUUGUAUGGAGCCCAGAAGGAUGGUCCAUUUGUGUUUUUGGAAUAGCGAGGGAAAAUGAAACAUCCAUGGAGUAGCGAGGGAAAAAUUCAGAGUUUGGAUUGAAUUUGAAUGUCAGGUGCGCAGUUUCAAAUCGUUGAGAAUCUGUUAACUGGAGGGAUUGAGAAAUUUUCGAUUCAUAAUCGAUACAUAUGCUUCAAUCUAUGAAUUACCCUUGUUCUGUGUAUUGAAAUCAAUUUGCAGGUUAGGGUUUUUGGGUGCUUUUAUUCGAGUGAGUAUAUUGAUGUGUUGAUGGAAACCCAUGUGAUGAAAUCGGGGCCAAUGGGGCAUUGGUUACUUUUCCGGAGCUUCAGCCAUCUUCACCGUUCUUCAGCUUCGCUUCGAGUUACUGGGAAGAUCCAAGACUAUUCUGCAGAGACAGCUAUAGCCAUAGUUGCUGAAGAAGGUGCUGUCCUAAAGAUCAACACUGAGCACCUGAGGGACAUUAGCUUUCGAGUGGCUCUAUUUACCAGUCCAUUGUUGAACUCUUCAUUCAGCCUGAUGAUGAGGCUAUCCUGCAGGCAUGCGUGGGUAGGAAUGCUGACGGCAUUGACCUGAAUCUGUCUCAUCAAUCCCUGCAACGAUUGAGACAUUUUCAAGCUGGCUGGCCACAUGAAUAAUUCAACUAAUUAACCCAGCAUUGAAGCUUCACACAAUUGGAGUAUUUAAGCAGAAAAGAGAAGAUUUUGGACCUACUCAAGAAGGAAGGAAUAUAAACUUAUUCACAGACAUUGAAUUUUGCAUAGUGGAGGACGCAAUGGGGCAUUUCUCUUCCAUGUUCAAUGGGUUAGCGCAGUCAUUUUCAUUAAGAAAAGGGAGAAAUUCUGUGAAUGAGGAUGGUCAAGAAAUUGCAGCAGAAUUGGCGAAGGAAGCGAAGAAGAAUGGCCUGAUAUUGAGGUCUUCAGGUUGUGUACGUGUAGAUGGUUCCAGAAAUUUCGCAUCGGUUUUCUCAAAGAGAGGAGAGAAAGGAGUGAAUCAAGAUUGUUCCAUUGUAUGGGAGGAAUUUGGGUGUCAAGCAGGCAUGAUCUUUUGUGGGAUUUUUGAUGGGCAUGGUCCAUGGGGACAUUUUGUGGCAAAGAAGGUUCGAGAAUUGAUGCCUUCAUCAUUGCUUUAUAAUUGGCAGCAAACUCUUGCACAAACUUUACUUGACCUGGAUAUGGACUUGGAAUCAGAUAAAAAGCAUCAUAUAUUCAAUAUAUGGAAACAUUCCUAUAUGAAAGCUUGUGCAGCUGUUGAUCAGGAGCUUGAACGGCUCCGAAAAAUCGAUUCUUUCUAUAGUGGAACUACUGCCUUGACUAUUGUCAGACAGGGUGAACUCAUUUACAUAGCUAAUGUGGGCGACUCUCGUGCUGUAUUGGCAACCACAUUAGAUGAUGGAAGCUUAGUUCCAGUACAACUUACAGUUGAUUUUAAGCCCAAUUUACCAGAGGAGGCUGAACGGAUAACUCAAUGUAACGGACGAGUGUUCUGUCUAGCUGAUGAGCCAGGGGUGCAUAGGGUUUGGCUACCGGAUGUGGAAUCACCAGGACUGGCAAUGUCUAGAGCAUUGGGGGAUUACUGUGUAAAAGAUUUUGGUCUUAGUUCUGUGCCUGAAGUCACACAGAGACAUAUAACCAGCAAAGACCAAUUUGUUGUGCUUGCGACUGAUGGGGUAUGGGAUGUCGUCUCCAAUCAAGAAGCAGUGCAAAUUGUAUCUUCGACGCCAGACCAGGCGAAGUCAGCCAAGCGUCUGGUCGAGUUUGCUGUUCGGGCAUGGAAACGCAAGAGACGUGGGAUUGCAGUGGAUGAUAUAUCAGCUAUUUGUCUCUUUUUCCAUUCUUCAACUUUGUCUCAUCAAGUUCCCCUUGCUACAACACCAAAAUAGUUGAUGUGAAUGAGCUAACAAGGGCUCCUUGUGUUAGUUAAUCGUUGUCCAUUAGAUUAUGCUCAAGUUAUGGCUAUCCUUUCUUUCA